CAAACUGAUGUUGAAGAAGGGCGAUAUUAGUCCAAAUGCGUCAGAGUCAGAGCUGACCCUACUAGAGUACGACAAAUGAGGCGGACAUUUGGAUAUGCUCCCAGUGCGUGAGUUGGAAGGAGUUUGUAGCUACGAGUAGCUAGACUCUCUCAUGCUUUGUGUAUUUGCAGUGAGCGGGCGCACAAGUCUACGAUGGGUAUCCUUUUGUGUGUGUGUGUGUGUGUGUGUGUGUGUGUGUGUGUGUGUGUGUGUGUGUGUGUGUGUGUGUUUGUAUUUGUCAGUCUUAGAAUUGUUCCAUACCUCUUGAUUCUGGAUUCGUUUCCAUCAUUGGGUGAGUUCUUUAUUGACAGCAUCUCGUGUAUCGUCUACUGCGCUAUGCUAUAGUAGUUCUUCCUGGGUACAAUGUAAGUAUAC